GGCAUUAUUUCCAUGUGGUGAUAAUAUGGUUUGUAUAAUAGAUGACCGUGAGGAUGUUUGGUCACACGCAACGAAUCUAAUCCACGUAAAACCAUAUCAUUUUUUUCAACACACCGGUGAUAUAAAUGCACCUCCAGGUUUAGACAAACAAGAAAACGACGAAAAAGCAGGUGUCGAUUUAACAAAAAUUAAAAUAACAUCGACGUCUAAUAAAAAAGUCAAUGGAAAUUAUGUUACACCAACAGAAAACAACGAUGUUAGUAAAACAACGUCCAAUGGUGACCAAAAAAUUGAUGAAGAAACUAAUAGUACAAAAAAUAAAGAAACCGCAACAAAUGGAGAUUUAAAAAAAGAUAGUGAAAAAAAUGGUAAUGAUAAAGAAGAAAUUAAGGAAGAUAUAGAGACAAAAUGUGAUGUAGUAAACGUAAAUAAUAAGGAAAAUAAUGAAGAGCAUAAAGAAGAAAGUAAUGAAGAAAAGGAAAAAGUAAAUAAUGAUGAAAACGAAAAAGUAAAUAAUGAUGAAAAUGAAAAAGUAAAUCAUGAUGAAAAUGAAAAAGUAAAUAAUGAGGAAAAUGAAAAAGUAAAUAAUGAUGAAAACGAAAAAAUAAAUAAUGAAGAAAACGAAAAAAUAAAUAAUGAAGGAAACGAAAAAAUAAAUAAUGAAGAAAACGAAAAAGUAAAUAAUGAUGAAAACAAAAAAGAAAAUAAAGAUGAUAACAAAAAAGAAAAUAAGCAAAAUGAAGAUCUAGGAAAUGAAAAUCAAAUUGAUAGUGAUAAAGAAUAUAAAGAUUUAAAAGAAGAAAAUGUUAAGUUUGAAAAGAAAAGUGAAAUGGUUGAAGAUUUAAUAGAAAUUGAUGACCCUGAUGAUUACCUCUUAUACCUAGAAGAUAUCCUUAAAAACAUUCACCAAACAUUUUAUGAUGAAUAUGAUAAGUUAGAAUCAGGGCAGGUCCCUGAUUUAAAGCAAGUUAUUCCCAGGGUUCGAUGCCAAGUUUUAAAAGGUUGCAACUUAGUGUUUAGUGGUUUAGUACCAACACAUUUAAAACUGCAUGAUUCCAAAGCUUACCAAGUAGCAAAAAGUCUUGGGGCGAAAAUAACGCAAGAUCUUCAAGAAGAUACGACACAUUUAGUAGCUGUUCGACCCGGUACUGCAAAAGUAAACGCGGGUAGACGAAGAAAAAAUAUUAAAAUUGUAACGUCCGAUUGGCUUUGGGCUUGUGCGGAACGUUGGGAACACGUGGAAGAAAUUAUUUUUCCUUUAAAUAGUAAAGGGUCAAAAAACCGACACCCUCCGCCGCAUUGCAGCAGUCCAGAACACGUCCCAAAUUAUCCCGAAGGUAAUCAACAACGGAAAAGGACAAGUAGCGGAAGAUUUAUCGAUAUGAUUCCAACUAUGAUGUGUUUCUCAAGUGAUGAUAUAGCCGAUAUGGGAAAAGAAGUUGAUGCUUUUAUGGAUGAUGACGAUGAAAGCGAUAGCGAAAGUGAGGCGGAAAAUGUUAAAGAUGUACCAAAAAUUUGUGUAAAAAAAGAUGAGAAAGAAUCGAGUAGUUCGGAUGAAUCUUUAACAGGGGAAUAUCCAAAAGGUAACUACACUGUGUUAAUUAAUUGUCGUAUCCGACGUCAUCAUUGCAGGUAUGCAACCAAUAUCACAGUAUUGACUAACUAA